AUGAAGAAUAAGUUUCAGUUUUUUGAUGAAACGAUCGAGAUACCUGAUAGCAGUGAUCUCAAUUACGUUGCAUGGCAAAGAUGCAACAAUCUUGUCCACACGUGGAUUGUUAAUUCAAUAACACCUUCUAUUGCUCAAAGUGUGGUGUUCAUUGAAAAUGUUGUAGACAUGUGGAACAAUCUUAGGGAUCGAUUUAUGAGAGGUGAUAAGAUUCGUGUUGCACGAUUGUAUCAAGAGAUUUCUAAUCUGAAGCAAGGAAGCAAAAAGAUCUCUGAUUACUUCACAGAAUUGAGAAGCUUAUGGGAGGAGCUGGAUCAAUAUAGGCCAAUGCCUAAUUGCACGUGCCCUGUGACCUGUGCAUGUAUUGCCAUGAGGAAUAGUAGGAGUUUUAGAGCUGAAGAUCGCAUCAUACAGUUCUUAAUUGGUCUGAAUGAAGAGUUCCAUGGAGUAGUUUCUCAGGUGCUGCUCAUGGAUCCUUUACCCCAAAUAAAUAAAGUGUUUUCUAUGGUGCUUCAACAAGAGAGAAAAAUAUGUGGAGCAGGAGCUACAUUGACUGGGAACACUAAAGAUGGCACUGGAAUGGUUAAUGUGGUUGAUAGUUCCAAACAAGCUGGAAGAGGAAGAGGUAAUGGUGGAUCAGGCAGAGGAUCGAAUAGUGGAACUAGCAAUGGUAGAGGUAGAGGUAACUUCAAAGUAUGCACUCACUGUGGCAAAAGUGGACAUAUAAUUGAUAAUUGCUACAAGAAGCAUGGAUAUCCUCCCAACUUUGGUCGAGGAACCUCAGUACACAUCAAUCAAGUUGAAGCAAAUGGCACUGCAGGAGCUGGAUCUUCCAAUGAGGAUGGCAACAUGACUUUAACAAAAGAGCAAUACAACAACUUGAUGAUGCUUCUUGAAAAGCAUACAACUUCAGACUUAGUGAAUAUGGCAAAGGCAAACAGGGAUUUGAAGAAGAUUGGUUCAGCUAGUGAGCUCGAUGGAUUAUACUACUUGGGAUUGGAGAUGGAUCACAACCAUAGCAGCAGCAAAGAAGGAUUUGUAUCGAGCACUUUCACAAGCAAAAGACAUGAAGACACUGCACCUGCCAUCCUUUGGCAUUUGAGAUUAGGGCAUCUAUCUCAUGAUAGAAUGCAAUGUAUUAGCACAAAGUAUAGCUAUAUUCCUAAUAGUAUUCACAAAGCCUGUGAUGUGUGUCAACAAGCUAGACAAAAGCAUUUACCUUUUCCUAUUAGCAAUAACAAUUCCUGUAAUAUCUUUGAUCUAAUUCAUAUUGACAUUUGGAGCCCUUUCAGUACUGCUUCUAUCCAUGGUUUUAAGUACUUUCUUACUAUAUUGGAUGAUCAUAGUAGGCAUGUUUGGGUUGUGAUGUUAAAAUCCAAAGUUUAA